AAAAAAAAGUUUUGAAUACUUGAAUAGUUAAUGGCUGAAGCUAUAGUGUCAAUUGUUGAAAUUCGAUACCCAAUAAUAAUAAAUUAUCGUUCAUUUAUUAUUUAAAAAGAAAAAAACAACCAACCAAAGAAAAGUUUAAUUUUUUAAAAAAUUCGACGUCAAUAAAAUAAACAUAAGUUUUGAGGCUCGACAUCAUCAACACGAAUGAAUUCUAAUCCUAAUAGAACAAAAAAAAAUAAAAGAAAAAGAAAAAAUUCUUCGAAGAUAUUUUCUCCUGCUGCAGAAAUGAUAAAUUCGAUUGAGUCCCAUCUGCCAUCACUUUUGGAUCCACAAUAUCGACCCGUAAUUAGCGUGUAUGAAGACCGUCAAAGAAAAUAUUCGAUGACACUGUGGAAAGUAAAUCCUUAUAACUAUGGAAUACUUUAUUACAGAGUCCAAAUUCUUGAUUACUUUCAUGUGGCCAAAGAUUAUAGUCGCCUUUGCUUUGAUAGAGAAAAAGAAUAUUUACUUGUUCAAAAUUGGGGAGUAUAUGGAACCCAAGACUAUCGCGAUACUUCUGAAAAAUUGCCGCUUGAAUGCUGUAUCAAUAGAUUUGAUUAUUUAAUCAAUUUUUAUCUACAGUAUGAACACUACUUACCACUUAUUGAAUCACCUGAAUUCAAUGGAGGUGCAGUAAAUCUGACACUUCCUGUACAAGAACUCAUCAGAUUUAUAUAUUCAAAUAAUAUGAUUUCUAAAAAUUUUUUAAUUAACAAUUCAUUACUUGAUUGUUAUAAGAAAUUGAAUUCAAGUAUUUCUGUACUUGAUAGAAAUUCCGUGAUGUUUGAUGUAAUACAACAAUAUAUAACUAAUACACACUCUGAAUUUCAUUAUCAUUUCAGAGUGAUGAUAAAUGAUGUAUUCAUGAUUGAUAGAUAUGGAGAAGACUAUAAUUACACGAAAACUCUUCAUAAUAAAAAAUUACUUUGGCAUGGGACUAAAAUAAGUAAUAUUUGUGCUAUUUUAUCAAACGGUUUGAAAAUCUCUCCCCUUAAUGCCAAGCACACGGGUCAUAUGUUUGGCAAGGGAAUUUAUUUUACUAAUGUUGUUUCAAAGGCCGCUAACUACAGUAAAACUAAUGUCGGACAAGGGAGUCAUCAGGGCAUUUUAUUAUUAUGUGAAGUUGCAUUGGGAAAUGUCAUGGAGUUGUACAAUGCGAAAAAUAUAAAGCUAUUACCUUUGGGUGUACAUUCAGUAUUUGUUAGAGGAAUCAGCAGCCCACAGAAUUAUAUAAACAUUUCCCAAGGAGUUGAAGUUCCUUAUGGGCCGCUUGUCAAUGUGCCACUUUCCCAAAAACCACAGUUUCGUCAUAAUCAAUUUGUUAUUUAUAAUCCUGCGCAAGUUAGAAUUCGGUACCUUGUUUGCGUCAGUUAUGACUGCCUGUCAUGAGGCAUAAAAGAUGUCAUUUUUUAUGUACCUGAGGUUGGAGCAUUUUCUGCGUAGCGAAAAUGAAAAAAAUUUAUGUAGUUUGGCUAAUUAGUGACAAGGGACAGAACUGGAGGUUGGAGAGGCUGCAAUUUUUGGCUGAUAUACGAGCAUGUAUGCUAAGGGGUGUACGAAUUCAAAUUUUUGUCAGGCGGAAAUAGAGCUUAGACUCAAAUCUACGAAAAUAUUAGUUUUGGUUACGUUAAAAACCAAGCUCUUGAUUAAAUAAAAAUUUAAUUUUUUAAAGCUGAUCAAAAUUUUCUUGAUACGAAUCAAAUAAUUUUAAAAGUUACAAAUCGAGCAGUAAUUUGAAAAGCUGAAAAUCAUUUGAAAAAAUUCAAAUAAUUCCGAGUUAUUCGAUUCGCACAUGUCUAAUUUUGAUCAAGUAGAUUUUUUACUGAUCAUUUCGUUUUCUUUAUUUUCGUUACGCGAAAAACAAUCCGAUCUUGAGGUACACUAUUUUUUGUAAGCAUAUAUAAUAUAAUUUAAGACGAGUUUAUCUUGCUAUUUAUAAAUUAUUAUGACAAUUACAUAUUUAAUUAGUUAACUAUUGGAUAAAAAAAAAGUUUAUGAAUUUUUGAGAGUAUUUUCGAUCAUUAAAAUUUCAUCGAAUUAAAUUAAGAAUGAAAAAAACGUUCAUGUCAUAAAUUUUUUAAAAUUUAAUAUAAAGUGUAUCUCUAAAAAGACAC